GGGUGAGAGGUGAGAGGUGAGCUCACCGCCGCUCGCUCGCAGCCGCUUGUCACCAAAGAUACCAGAGCUCGGCUCCAUAAUCUUCGCUUCUCGCCAUGACCAGCGACUUCCGGCAGCGGGAGUCGGGCACCGAGCAGCAGGUUGGGACCUCAGCCCAUUGAAGAUGUCCAUGAAAACACCUGCCGGUUGGUCUAUGCAGGUUUUGAGAACACAGCCAGGUUUAUCACCACAGCUCUCCGGUGGUUUUAUGCUGGAGAAGGAUUUUCUGACAUCAGCCUCGAAGAUUGAGAUCACAAACUGAGACUGUGGAGGCCCGUGAAGAUGCAUCAUCACUUUCCCCUAUAAAACGAGCAAAGAAUUAAUUUGUUUGUCUGGAAGUGAUAUUAUUUGAUCUCCUCGGUUUCACCUUGUAGGAGGUGAUAGCAGGCCCAGCCACAGUUGCUGAGUGUCCUAGCGAGAUUCCAGUUUAGUCUAGAAAUAUCUCUUCGUAAUAUCGAUGGGCUUCUGGAGGUUGUACUUGGACUUCUUGUAUGAUUGUGGAUCGUCUUGCUUGACGUCACACAUCUGAUCUGGUCCUCAGUUAAUUACUCUUGCUUCAUCCAAGGCUUCUGGUUAGGGAACAGUCAGAUGGUCUUGAUAGGAACACACUCUCACUCCCCACCCUCACAUUUCUUCAUGUGGUCAGUUACGACCUUGGUCCACUGCUGGAGUCAUUGAACAUCGCACAAUCUGCUGAGUCUAAACAGCCACAAAGCUGCUUCUCUGCCUCCUUUAACCAGCUCUACACAACUAUUUUCAUCAGAGCUGUAGUCUUCAGUCACUACCUAUAUUUGGGAAGGAGGAGUAUGGCCAGGUGGUCUGCUUUUCCAAAGUGUGGGUGAGGGAUGGAGCGGUAGAUGCCUCUGGAGGAGUAGAGGUCGUCCGUAGCAGAGAACAAUGAUGAGAUAGAGUACAAGAAGGAUAUAGAGAACUUAGUCAUUUCAGGACAACACCUCUCCCGUGUCAGGAAGACGAAGGAUCUAGUUAUCUACUUAAGUGUGGUGGAGUACAUGCACCAAUCAACAUAAACGAUGCUAAAGUGGAAAUGUUGAGAGCAUCAAGUACCUUGGCAUAAAUAUUACCAACAAUCUCAAAGGACCAACCACAUUGAAACAUCAGCCAAGAAGGUGCACUGACACCUCUACUUCCUUCAGUAACUGAGAAAAUUUGGCAUGUCUCCAAUGACUCUUACAAACCUCAACAGAUGCAUCUUAGAAAGCAUGCUGCUGGAUUGCAUCACAGCUUGGUUUUGGAACAGCAAUGCCCAAGGAGGAGGUGAAACUGGUGCAGAAAGAGCUGAAGGCAAGACUGAGACAGGGCAAGGAAGACUACAGGAGGAAGCUGGAGCUGAAACUUCAGCAGAACAACAUGAGGGAUGUGUGGACGCUGCUUGCUCGACUCAAAGGAAGAAGAUCUCUGAAGCAUCUUGAGCCACGGCUUUUUACUGAGGAAGGGUUGCUAAACCAUGGAAAUACGGUUGAGUUCCAUGGCCCAGAAGGAGCAGGGAAGACAGAAAUGCUUUAUCACCUGGUGGCAUCCUGUAUCCUCCCCGAAUCGAAGGGUGGGCUCCAGGUUGAGGUGGUCUUUGUUGACACAGAAUGUCAUUUUGACAUGCUUCGCCUCGUCACCGUUCUGGAGCAUUGUUUAGCGCAGAGCACGGAGGAGUCAGUUAAACAGUGCCUGGGCCGCCUGUUCAUCGUCCACUGCAGCAGCAGCACCCAGCUCCUGCUGCUCUUCCAAUCGCUGGAGAGCAUGGUCUGCAGCCAUCCUGCUCUCUGCCUGCUGAUUGUGGACAGCAUGUCUGCCUUCUACUGGAUUGACAGACUGAGCGGUGGGGAGAGCUUCAGCCAGCAGGAAGCUAACCUCCGGCGCUGCGUCGAGUGCCUGGAGAAUCUGCUAAGCGAGUACCAGCUAGUGUUAAUCGCAACCACACAGGCCCUGAUGCGCGGGCGAGAUCCUGAGGCAGCCAGGCCAGAUGGAGCUGCUGCAGCUCGGCAGCCACUGAUGGCAGAAUUUAAACCGUAUCUGUGUAAAUCAUGGCAAAAACUUGUCAAGCAUAGGUUUGUUUUCUCAAAAAACACCACGGUGGACAACAAGCAAGAAUUUGCUGCUGUUUCUCUCCAGCCAAGAAGCAGCAUUGUGAACAGGUGCUCCUUUAUUAUUACAGAUGGUGGGGUCCAGUUUCUUUAACCCUUCGGCAUUCAUUCCCUAAUCGACGACCACUGGAGACCCACGUGAUUGUACACGUGAGAAAGUGCCUCCCUUUUUGCUCACUGCUAAUUGUUCUGGUUAACUGAAGUCUAUUUAUUGGCGAGCACUGGUGGGCAUAAUCUGAUUAACCCUUCAACUGUGAUUUGACCCUAAACGAGGUCAGACGGAGGUUUAGCCACCUUCAUGUGCGCAUUGUUGAAGGUUUCAUUGCAAAUUCUCCAGCUGGUUUUGGCCUGAUCUGCAGGUGAAUGGAGCCAAUCCAGGCACCUUAUUCAAAGCUCCUUUUCUGGAUGUAUGUCCUCUUUGUGCAUGUAGGCAAGUCCAGGACAUGCCCUUAAUAUUGAUUCCAGGCACGUGGGUUAAAGCAGAAUACCAGAAG